UCCCAGAGUGCCUCGGGAGGGCCUGACCUGGUCCUGCCCCCUCCACCUGGCCCCGGCGCGUGGCUGGGCGCUCAGCCGGCGCCGGAAGCGGCUCUGCGGGCAGGUGGGAUAAGGCGCAGGUGUAGCCACCAUGAGUGAUCCUCCGGGGACCAGGCGGAUCCUAGUGACUGGGGGCUCAGGGCUGGUGGGCAGAGCCAUCCAGAAGGUGGUAGAAGAUGGAGCCAGGCUGCCUGGAGAGGACUGGGUGUUUGUCUCCUCCAAGGAUGCCGAUCUCACGGAUGCUGCACAGACCCGAGCGCUGUUUGAACAAGUCCAGCCCACACUUGUCAUCCAUCUUGCUGCAAUGGUGGGGGGCCUGUUCCGGAAUAUCAAAUACAAUUUGGACUUCUGGAGGAAAAACAUACACAUCAAUGAUAAUGUGCUACACUCGGCCUUCGAGGUGGGCGUGCACAAGGUGGUCUCCUGCCUGUCCACCUGCAUCUUCCCAGACAAGACCACCUACCCCAUCGAUGAGACCAUGAUUCACAAUGGGCCGCCGCACAGCAGCAAUUUUGGCUACUCUUACGCCAAGAGGAUGAUCGACGUGCAGAACAGAGCCUACUUCCAGCAGCAUGGCUGCACCUUCACCGCGGUCAUCCCCACCAAUGUCUUCGGGCCCCACGACAACUUCAGUAUCGAGGACGGCCACGUACUGCCUGGCCUCAUCCACAAGGUGCACCUGGCCAAGAGCAGCGGCUCAGCCUUGACGGUGUGGGGCACGGGGAGGCCCCGGAGGCAGUUCAUCUACUCACUGGACCUGGCCCGGCUCUUUAUCUGGGCCCUGCGGGAGUACGAUGAGGUGGAGCCCAUCAUCCUGUCAGUGGGUGAGGAGGAUGAGGUAUCCAUCCAGGAGGCAGCUGAGGCCGUGGUGGAGGCCAUGGACUUCCACGGGGAGGUCACUUUUGAUACAACUAAGUCAGAUGGGCAGUUUAAGAAGACGGCCAGUAAUGCCAAGCUGCGGGCCUACCUGCCCGAUUUCCAGUUCACACCCUUCAAGCAGGCCGUGAAGGAGACCUGUGUCUGGUUCACCGACAACUAUGAGCAGGCCCGGAAGUGAGGCCUGCGGCCGGAGCCCGUCCACCACUUCCCCAGCGCCUGGUCAGCAGUGCCCAGCAGCAGCCACUCACAGAACCUGCCAGGAGCCGGGGGCACCGCCUGCCUGCCUGAUAGUGGCCUCUGCUCCACUCCGUCUGCCGAGGCAGGCCUCAGUGACUGUCUGGUGCGGCCCCCAUCCAUGUCAGGGAAGCCAGGCCCAGCACCCUGCUCCCCAGCUCCAUCCCUGAGUGUCCCCUUCUGAUCCCUGGGAGCCAAUAAAGAGCAUUUUCACAGGC